AUUUACGUCAUCUACCUGCUAAAAUUUUGGCAAGCAUAUCAUUUUGCCUUAGCAGGACCACGGUUAUCGUGAAGGGGGUCUAUCCGAUUGCAAUCGGGAUAAAAAUUGCUACCCUGGGCGGUUCUUAAUUUUUCUUUGGGUUUUUCAACAUCCGAUGAGGGAUGAGGCGGGAAGAUCAACGAAAUUAAUUUAGGCCUGCAUCGUAGUACAAGUUUAUCUCGGAAAUAUAACAAGGAUUUCAAAACAAAGGCAGCUAAAUUCAACUUUGAUGGCAAUGUUAUAAUCUUUGGGUUUCCUAUGGGUUGUGUAUAACGAAGUUCUUCAUGGACACUAGGUUGACUUUCAUAACACUCCAACUAGUGUUUUGUUUCCCAUAUGUAUUUUGUAUAGAUGAAUUUGGAUUCUCAGGGCAGAGUCCCCUGGAACUGAAAGUCCUGUCUGGGGAGAGUCGCCUGGAGUCGUUUAUCCUGGAGAUGAGCUUCAAGUCUUACACUACCGACGGGCUGUUGAUUGUCCAUCGCUCAACUUCAUCAUCAGAUUUCUAUACCGUAUCAGUGCACAACAUGACACUGGCAUUCUGGUUACAGUCUUCUAAUCAGUUGUUGAAGACCGAGAGUUUUCAUCCCAUCAACUAUGAUGAAUGGAACAACAUAACUCUGGUGAAGACAAACAGGCUGAUCUCUCUGUCUCUUAAUGAUUGUCCUGUCAUUGAGAGUGAAACACAAUUAAGUGGGAGAACGGAAUACCUAAUUGAGUUGGGUGAGAUCCUGUACCUUGGAGGACACCACACCCCCUCACAGCUGACCGGUCUAAGCCCCACCGCCAAGGAGUUCACAGGAUGUGUCAGGGAGCUCAAGUUCACAGCACAGAUAUCCACAUGGAAAAACCUAUGUUUCUGGUGUUUAUUUACUCAGUCUGUAGAGUAUAGGUUGUCGCAGGACACUGUGACAGUUGAUCAUCUCAGGAGAGGCCUGAUCAAGAACUGUGAUACAACCAGACUUUGUCAGUACUCUCUAACUGUCAACAACAUCCAACCAAUAGUCGCGAAUCUCUGUCAUUGGGCAGAAUCAGACAUCUCCAUGGCAACCAAUGUAACCAGCAAUUGUUCGGGUCUUCUGAUUUCCUAUGAUUGGAGCCUACAUUACCUCUAUGGGAGUUAUGUAACUAUAUCAGAUGGCUCUCGACACACCCUGCCCGACACUACUCCACUUAACCGGUCCGUCUUGUCCCUGACAGUGGGAGCUGACCACAGCAAGGAUCUUGUGAAUGGGGUGUACGGUGUCCGUCUGACCCUAGUCGUUACCUCGGAUACAGACAAAGCAAGACUUAUACAGCAGGGUUACUUUAUGAUUGGAUGCCCGGAUGUAGAGAAUGCAGGGUCAGAUUUCAACUGUGAAUGGCUGAAUGAAAUCUUAACCAGGGAUCUCCAUCUGGCCAUCCAAAUCCAGACAACCAUACAUUGUAGAAAUACUGAACCUGUCACAACCAUAGGACAUCUUCAGAAAACUACUGAAUUCUGGAACCUGGAAGAGCAAGCCAAAAAUAUUUCAGCCCACACCAAGAAGCUGACUAUUUACCACCCCCCACUCCAAAUUCAAUGCCUGAGCGGCUGUGGGGACAAGGUGAACCCAGGGGAGAACCUGACCGUGCUAAGCAUGUGUAGGUCCUGUGUAACUCACUCCUGGGCAGUGUAUGGGUGUGGAUCUUUGUGUGACACAGAGGUCAAGGUCGCUGACCGCCCUCAGAAUGAGUCAGUGUUCAGCUUCCAUGUGAACAAUUCCUUCGUCAACCAGCAAGUGGUCUAUAUCGGAACUUAUCCCACAGGUAGAAAUGUGAGAGCAGUGUACAACCUGACCCUGAAUGAACCCCCAAUUCUUGGGAACUGUUCCAUCACCCCCCAGUCAGGACGCACCCUCCUGACCAGCUUCAAUGUAUCCUGUCAGGGAUUUUUUGACCCUGAUUCCCCACUGACUUACACUCUCUACCAGAUCCAGUCUACAGGUAAGAAGACAAAACUUAUGAAAUCUGAGGAAGCGUUCAUACCCGCUCUGUACCUGAGUGAGGGGCCCACAGAGAACAACCACACCCUGUCACUAGUGGUGGUGUGUAAAGACAGCAUGGGCUUGGAAUCAUCAGCCUUGCCUCUCAGUGUCAUGGUACUGCCUUUGGCAUCCGGCUCGGAUAUUGUGGAUGUGAUUUCUGGGAAUGUCCUCGGUAACUCCAGCUCCACAGGGAUAAUCAGUGACCUACUGGCGGCUGGACAGCAGUCAGCCGUGACACAGAUCUUACAAACCUCAGUGCUAGCUCUGAAUACUGAUGCAGCAACAAACGAAAGCAACACGGACAGGAAACAGCAGCGCACAGAGAUCAGAGAAGUAGUGGUUGCCAUUCUGGCCAAUUCUUCCACUAGUUCCCCGGACAUUGAGAUGGUCACCAGUAUCCUAAACACAGCCACAGAAAUCCAGGAAGAACUAUCCCCACAAAUACAGGAACAGGCAACAGUCCUAUAUGAAGGAAUGACUUCAGCUUUUUCAAAUAAGUCAGCUAAUGUUUCCCAAAGUGAAGCUGAAAAAACUGCAGGGCUGCUGUUAGAAGGAGUGACCAUGCUGCUCGACACACGGACCAUCUACGGUACAAAGAUUCUCCACAUGGGACCACCCAAUGACACCCUACAGAAGGAGGUCAAGAGUUCAGCAGAGAGGCUUCUGGGUACUGUGGACAAGAUUACCGACAUCAUGAUGGACUACAUCACCCCUGACGCUGCCCCCUCAGUGUUCACCACCCAAAAGAUGAACCUGGCUCUGUCCAAAGCCUCACCCUCACAACUUGGGGGAAAAAAGCUGUCCUUAGACAGGGGAAACAACUCUGGUGAUUUUACGAUCCCCUCUGAUGGGAAGUUGUCUACCUUGUUAAGCAAUACCUCCUUUACAAGCAUCCAGGUGAUGCUGACAGAGAAGAAUCCAUAUAUCUGGGACCCCGCCUCCGACUCCCUGACCACACCCAUGGUGUCCUUGACCCUCAGAGAUGACCUUAACCAAAAGCUCAAUGUCACCUGUCUCACAAACCCUGUAGAUGUUUACAUUUCCAACUCUAAUCCAGUGAUACAAAAAUCAGAAGAAAACUUCACACUAAGUGUACAAGAUUUUGAUAGUUUUAAUGCCACGCAGACAACUGAACUGUGCAGAAUAAUGACCUUUAACUCCACAGAAGGAAGAUCUACUGUUUUCACUGUGCGACCUUUGACAUUUAACCUCACUGUUAAUGUCAUUGAAGUUCAGAACAGAACCAACAUGAGUCAUCUUAAUGUCAGGGCUGCAGGAGUCUCACUCAGUAAACUCAACAACUUCACACACAUCUUUAGUUCCUUUCCAACUGGAGAAGUCUCUCUAGCAUUCUGUAUUGACCAGACGAUGGAUAAUUACUUGGAGCUGAGCCGUCAGUGUUUGACCUUAACCUCCUGUGGUUUGACCUUGGAGACCCAGCUGUACUUUGCUGUGUGUAUGUACUGGAAUGUCACAGAGGACAAGUGGUCUUCAAGUGGAUGUCAGGUAGGUCAACAGACAACCCCGGUUUCCAUGCAUUGUCAGUGUACACAUCUGACGGCUUUCUCCGGUAGUUUCUUGGUGGCGCCUAACUUUGUUGACCCGUUUGCUGAUGCGGCGCUGUUCCUGACCUUCUUCUCUAACCCGGUGGUGGUCUCCUGUGUGAUCCUGAUCUGGCUGAUCUACUUCACUCUGUUGACCUGGGCCAAAAAACAGGACAGACUGGACAAGUACAGGGGUGGAGUCAUCAUUGCCCAUGAGAACAACCCUGACCACAAGUACGCGUACCUGGUGUGUGUAAUCACAGGGUGGUGGAAGAACGCCGGCACCACCUCCAGUGUUAGCCUGUCCUUCGCUGGAACUGAGGGCCACAGUGGCCGCCACUGUCUGAGCGAGUCCGUUCCAGGGAGACAGUGCUUUCUGUCAGGAUAUGAGGACUGGUUCCUGGUCACCACCAGCCACAGUCUUGGGGACCUCCGGAGUCUCUCAGUGUGGCACGACAGCUCUGGGAAAUCCCCACAUUGGUACUUGUCCAGAAUCCUGAUAGAGGACCUCCAGACCCAGCAGACCUGGACCUUCCUGUUCAGUGACUGGGUGGCGGUUGACAGGGGCUCGGUCAGUCUCAAGGUCACCCUCCAGCCCUGCUCCCUGGAGGACCUCAAGUCUCAAACCAACCAGCAGUUCCUGUUCAAGUCGAGCCGGGACCUCCGAGAGUCACACCUCUGGCUAAGCAUUGCUUCAAAGCCCUCCUACAGCUCCUUUACCCGCGCUCAGCGACUGUCCUGUGCCCUCUGCCUGCUUCUGAUGACCAUGCUGACCAGUCUGAUGUUUCAUGGGAUUCCCACUGACGACCCGGCAGACCAGGCUCGAGUGAGCUACAUCACAAUCUCGUUGUCUGAUCUCGUGAUUGGGGUACAAAGUGGACUCAUCAUGUUCCCUGUCAAUAUACUCAUCAUUCAGCUCUUCCUAAAAGCCAAGAAAAAGCCAAGGGGCACAACUCCUGUAAGAGUAAAGAAGAAGAGAAAGAAACAGAAAAAAAAUUCUGUAGGUGGCAUUGAAGCUGGUGAGGGUAGCGAAACACUAGAGGAAGAGGAGGAGGAAGAGAGAGAACCAGCCAAGGAGGAUGGGAUACUGCCAUGGUGGACGGUCUACAUUGCCUGGACAUUGGUGAUCUCCCUUUCUGUGGUCUCCUCGUACUUUGUCAUGUUGUACGGACUAAAGUACGGCUAUCAGAAGAGUGUGGACUGGCUUGUCUCCUUCUUCACUGCCUUCUUCCAGAGCGCUUUCAUUACCCAGCCAUUCAAGGUCAUCGCCAUCUCCCUUGUCUUCACCAUGAUUCUGAAGAAACCAGUGGUAGUGCAGGGAGGGAAGGCCAGCACAGAGAAGAUGAGUGAGCAGUUUGACUCUGCAAACAAGCCCCAGAGCCGCUACGUUCCAGACCCACUCUCUCGACGACUAAUGAACAGGAUCCGCAAAAAGCUGAAACUUGAAGAGGAGAUUCACGUUACCCUGAGAGACAUCGCCCUGUACGCGCUUUUUGUGAUCUGUAUCCUUUUCAUGGCGCACGGUCAUCGGAACGUCGGCAAGUCGCUGAAGAUGCGCCGGUACAUGGAGAGCGUGUUUAUUGAGCCCAGACACCCUCCAAUCUACUCCCAGGCCUCGGGCUUUUCCACGGACAUCCUGGAACUCAGUAAUGAGCGCAUUGUUCCUGUUCUCGGUGAGAUGUCGCUAGGCAACGCUACAGCACCUGGACUGGUCAGCGAGUACUUUCUGUUGGGAAAGUACCGAAUACGACAGGUCAGAAUUCAAGAAGACAGCUGCGACUAUCCUGAAUGGGUACGGAGGAAGACUAUGACAUUCAGCAUGAACUGUUCUGGCGAGUACUGGAUCGGCAACGAAGACUCGGGGGACUACAACAUGAGCUGGAGAGAGCCCCUCACCUACAAACCCAAGCAGCUGUCCGACACCUGGAGUCACCGCUCCUCCUGGUCCCUCAAAACCAUCCCCUACGAGGGGACCCUAGCCACAUACAGUGGCGGGGGUAUAGCUUGCCAGACGAAAGCCAAUCAGCAGGCGUUACACGCCCACCUGUUUACGUUAUACGACUCCGGGGAGAAGCCGUACUGUGGCGGGGCCGUCAACGUGACCCUUGACCUGGCGCUCCGUCAGGUCAUCGAUCUGAAAUGGCAGGAUUGUCGGCUAGUGUGGAACAGCUCGCACUUUGGGGGCAUAGAGAGCUUUGUGGUUCCGGUCCGGUAUAUCUGGGUUCCGGAUAUCACGCUGUAUGACGGAAUUUCCCCGGAGUUAGUCGGUUUCCGUGAUUUCCGGUCCAGCCUUCACUCGGAUGGCACGGUGAGCUAUAACUUCCCUACCCUGACAGAGAGCCUGUGUACCCUAGAUGUGGACAGGUUCCCGUUCGAUCAACAAACCUGUCCCCUCGUGUUCGGCUCCUGGGUCUACGACGGAACCCAGAUGGAUUUGGUGAGCAAGAGUCCGGCGGGGGACUUGUCGUCUGCUGUUGAGCACGUGGAGUGGACGUAUGUUUCCAUGCGCGCGGAAAAGCACGUAUUGCAGUAUAAAUGCUGCCCAGAACCCUACUCUGACGUCACGUUCUACCUGACCCUGCGGAGGAAGCCCAAGUUCUACCAGAACAGUCUAUUCGUCUCCUCGGCUCUGAUCACAGUGAUGGCGGUGCUGGGGUACCACCUGCCUGUGGAGUCUGGAGAGAAGGUGUCCCUCCAGAUCACCGUCAUGUUGUCCCUGGCAGUGUUCCAGCAGCUGGUGUCCGACAAACUCCCGCCGUCCGCCGACAGUACGCCGCUCAUAGCGAAGUACUUUAACUUUUCGCUGUGUUUGGUGGGAAUUACCUGUCUCAUGGCGGUGGUUGUAAUAGCAAUCCAUUACCAAGGCAACACGCGCAUGCCGGACUGGCUGUACAAUAUCGGUGUCCUCAGGUUGUCUAAGAUUACCCUGGUUUGUGUUGAACACCUAAACGGCGUCCCUGAACAGAUCCAAAACAAUAACCACGUGGAAAAUUGUAGAAAACACAAAGAAAACUCGUAUUGUGAUAAACAACAUAUUAUGGAGCAAUCACCUAAAGAAUACUAUUCGAUUCAAAGUGGGAAUCCUGUGAUCAAGGCACCAAAUGUUGACUACGAAGAAGCCUGGAAGAAGCUUGCAAUUGUUGUGGACCGACUUUGUUUCUUUUUGUUCAUCGUUGUAUGUUGUACGGGUAUAGCUGGCCAGACGACAGCCAAUCAGCAGGCGUUACACACCCACCUGUUUACGUCAUACGACGCCGGGGAGAAGCCGUACUGUGGCGGGGCCGUCAACGUGACCCUUGACCUGGCGCUCCGUCAGGUCAUCGAUCUGGAUGAGCCCCAGCAGAUUCUGAGGGCCAAUGUGUGGGUCAGACUGAAAUGGCAGGACUGCCGUCUGACGUGGACCCCCUCCAGUUAUGGGGGCAUCUCCAACUUCAUCGUGCCCUACAAGUAUAUCUGGAUCCCAGACCUCACCUUAUACGACAGCGUUUCGGAUGAUUUCGUCGGACUGAAGGACUACCGCCCGAACAUCUACUCUGACGGCACCGUGUACUACAACUUCCCCAGUGUGCUGGAGAGCAUCUGCGCCGUGGACGUAGAGAAGUUCCCGUACGACGACCAGACCUGUAAGCUGCUGUUUGGGUCCUGGGCCUACCACGGCCUUGACAUGGACUUACAGUAUAAGAAUCCACAAGGAGACUUGUCGUCUGCUGUCACAAACGUGGAAUGGACGUAUGUCUCUCUGAAGGCGGAGAGACACGUGCUGUAUUACGGAUGUUGUCCCGAGCCCUACCCUGACGUCACGUACUACCUGAAACUGAAGCGAAAACCUCAGUUCUACCUGAUCAAUCUGAUCGUGCCGUCCAUGUUGAUUACAGUCAUGGCCGCCCUGGGCUACUACCUGCCUGUGGAGUCCGGAGAGAAGGUGUCCCUCCAGAUCACAGUCAUGUUGUCCCUGGCAGUGUUCCAAUUACUGGUGGCUGACAAACUCCCGCCUUCAGCAGACGCCACGCCCAUCAUCGCUACAUAUUUUAACUUCUCCUUGUUUCUGGUUGGAUUAGCCUGUGUAAUGGCGGUGGUUGUCAUAGCAAUCCAUUACCAAGGCAACAGACGCAUGCCUGACUGGUUGUACAGUAUUGGGGUUUUGAAACUGUCGUAUAUCACGUGUGUUCACAUAGAAAACAGGCCAUCAGCGGAUGAUCGGAAGACUACGACUGACUUGUUUGCAGUUAAAAGUCAAAAUCAUAAAGUGAGCCCAGCUAUUAAAACAAAGAGUAACUUAACCUUAUUAGAUCUCGAGCCGGUAGUCACAGCAGAAAAGAAAAAUAACGAGCAAAAGGAUCCUGUGGAUGCGGCACCAAAAAGAGUGAAUCAGGAUGACUGGAGAAAAUUAGCAUUAAUCGUGGACAGACUCGCAUUUUAUCUAUUUAUGAUCGUUGGUGUAGUUGGGACAUCCAUCAUUUUCUCAAAGUUUGGGAUGUGACAUUCUAUGAGUAUUCAUGCAUUCAUUUCAUUGGAAACUUUUGACGCAAGCUUUAUUUGACUAUUCUUGAAGUAUCUGUGGGGUUCUCUACACCCUUUUACAUAUUUUUAAAAUAGUAAAUCAAAUUAUAAAGACUGAAUUGAGAUAUUUUGUCAAAUUAGUAAUGACAAAAACAGACUUGUCUCAUACAGCAUUGACCAUGUGACUUGCAGAUUCAAUCACCAGGGAAAUUGUUCAUAGAUAAAAUGUAUUGUCAUAAAUGUUUUCCCCUUAAAUUCA